GUAAGACACUGAACAGCUUUAAAAAAAAAUGGCCGACAGUGGACACUCAAUGCAGUUUUCAUUCACUGAAAAUAUUUGCUUAUUAGAGGACCACAGUGCUUCAAAAUUGAUUCUAAUGAACAAAUCUAGUGAUUUUAACCCAAAUAACAAAAAACACACCACAUUUUGUUACCAUUGUUGAAGUCAAAGUCUUCAACAAAGUCUCAAAUCAAGCCCCUUUCAGCGCUCAACUGAAGCCCCCACUGGCUCAGCUGACAGUUAUUAUCCAUGGCAACAUAGAAUGUCAGUGAAAGUUAGCCUAUGGGUGUUUUGUCAUACAUUUUAGUCUUAAAUUAGACCGAUCUAGGUUUUUAUGCAACUGACUGAAAAAAUUAAGACCAACAUUUUAGACGACUAACUAGUAAGUCUAGUCUAAAACAGUUUUAUGCGACCGGCCCCUGGAUUCAACGGGGGUCUGAAACCAGGGCUCCCAUGCUACUAAUGCAACAUGCUUCUGGUCGCACCACAAAGAAGGGUAAACACACUGGAACCGAUGCAAAAAUGUCUGAUAGAAGAUGCCGCUUGUCAAUGAGUUGGCAUAAUGUGGCUGAUCCUAAGGUGUAACUUGUAAACUUAAAAAAUAAACCUUUGCUGCAACACACUCUGACAUAGUCAUCAACUGACAAAUGAAAAUUUCAGUCAAAUGGUUCAAUUGUCAUUUCAGAAAUCCAGUUUGCUGUAUUCUUGCUUGAUUUGAAUGGACACGGCUUUUUCCACACCUUCAAAAUGGAUCUUACACAUUCCUGUCUGUCAUACACUCCGUCAGAGCUUUCUCUAGUUUACACUGGGAUUUCUAUGGCUGAGGGGGAAUGUGGCUUUGCUCCCCUGGUGUUCCGACUACAUGGAGGAGCUCCGCAGGUUGUACGUGAGGUUCUCCUGGAACGUGGAUGGGAAGAGUAUGACGAACAGGAGCAUGAGGAUGGAGACUGGAACCUCUACUGGAGAACCUCCGCCUUCCGAAGCUCUGACUAUGAAAACAUCUUGCCUUGGCAGAGACUGAACCAUCAACCCAAAACGAUCCACAUCACGCGAAAGGACUGUUUGGUACGACAUUUGAGGAGAAUGAAAAGUGCUUACGGUACAACUGUGUAUGACUUCAGCCCGGCUGCUUUCAUCUUGCCUAAUGAAUACACAAAGUUUCUAGGGGUGUACACCAAGAAUUUUACAGCUGAUAGAGGGAAGUUUCGGUAUUGGAUUUGUAAACCAGUUGAUCUGUCAAGAGGACGAGGUAUUUUUCUCUUUGAUGAUAUUAAAGACUUGGCUUACGACUCUCCAGUGAUCAUACAGAGAUACAUCAGCAACCCUCUUCUCAUUUCAGGAUACAAGUUCGAUUUGCGUAUUUACGUCUGCGUAAAGAGCUUCUCACCUCUUGUAAUUUACAUGCACCAGGAAGGCUUGGUGCGUUUCGCGACAGAAAAAUACAACCUGGCCUCUUUAGACAAUCUAUACUCACAUCUGACGAACACCAGCAUCAAUAAGUUUGGAUUGUGCUACACUACAGAUAAAGAACGAGUUGGCCGUGGAUGCAAGUGGACGAUGAGCAAAUUUCGCUGCUUUCUUCACAACCAAGGCAUCAAUGAACAUCUCUUAUGGCAUAGGAUCACUAAUAUCAUCACGUUAACUCUGCUCACAGCCAUUCCUUCAGUUCCCUCCAGCCCCAACUGUCUUGAGCUGUUGGGGUUUGACAUCCUCAUUGACGCCAGCUUCAAGCCAUGGCUUUUAGAAGUGAACUACAGUCCUGCGCUUUCAUUGGAUUGCCCUGCAGACAUUACAGUCAAAAAAGGGCUGAUCAAUGACAUUAUAGACCUGAUGAACUACAGGAUGAAUGACAGUUUCAGACAGAAGGGAUACCACAGGAAGAGAUAUACAAGAGCAUGUUGUUCAGGUAGCCAUUAUUUACGGCCAAAAAUUGCCCCGGUGUUUUUGUUACCGAAGACUUUGCAUGCAACUCAGUCAGGCAAGAGAAGCUGGAGUCAAUCUGUGUUGAACUCUUCAAGUCCUGAAGUCACUUGGUUGUGCUCUGAGAAAGUCUGUGCUAGCAACUUUACAUGCCACAAUCACCGCAAUUCAAAAACCACUUCCAGUGGAUAUAAAAAGGAGCAUGCUCCUCAUAAGCAAAUGGUUGAUGUCUCUCAAAAAUCUGAGGUGGCAUCUGAUGAACUCGCUUCUCGUAACAGCACAAAGCGAUCACCUGUAUGCAAGUUACCUUCUCUCGAUGUCCAUAAACACAAGUCCCCAACUGUCCCAUGGAACCAUAAAACUCAGGACCGAAGUGUUCCUCCUUUUCGUGUUGGCGACUUCAUACUGACAUUUCCAUUUAAUGAGGCAACAUGGAAAGCCUCUCGGGAUGAAGUGGAUGUUAAGACUGUUGUGAAUGAGAUCCAUAAACUCACAAGUCGACUAGCUUCUUCUUUUAGUGAAAAAGAGAAGACGAAGACAGACGAAAGUCGGAUGGGUGGUACUGCCAGGGACAAAUUUGAGUCUUUGCUUUGGGGUCCAAAAAACCCACCUCUUCUCAGUGAAUGCUGCUCCUCAGGUUCAUAAAUCAAAUAAUGAUUUAA